AUGUCGGAGCGGAAAGUGUUGAACAAAUACUACCCUCCAGACUUCGACCCAGCUAAGAUCCCAAAGCUCAAGCUUCCAAAGGAUCGCCAGUAUGUGGUGCGGCUCAUGGCCCCCUUCAACAUGCGCUGCAAGACCUGUGGUGAAUACAUCUACAAGGGGAAGAAAUUCAAUGCCCGGAAGGAGACGGUGCAGAACGAGGUGUACCUGGGGCUCCCCAUCUUCCGCUUCUACAUCAAGUGCACUCGCUGCCUGGCAGAGAUCACCUUCAAGACAGACCCAGAGAACACAGACUACACCAUGGAGCACGGUGCCACUCGCAACUUCCAAGCUGAGAAGCUCUUGGAGGAGGAGGAGAAAAGAAUGCAGAAGGAGAGGGAAGAGGAAGAGCUCAACAAUCCCAUGAAGGUGCUGGAGAACAGAACUAAGGACUCCAAGCUGGAGAUGGAGGUUCUGGAGAACCUGCAGGAGCUGAAGGAACUCAACCAGCGCCAGGCAAAUGUGGACUUUGAGGCCAUGCUGAAGCAGUACAAGGAGUAUGAGGAGGAGCAGAAGCGCAAGGAGCAAGAGGAGGAUGAGGAAGAGUUGAGAGCCAUGCUGGAGCAGGCCCAGAACAGGAGGCUGCUGGUGGACUCUGACUCUGAUGAGGAGCCUGCAAAGUCACACCUGAAGCCUGUGGCCAAAACUAAACCUACAGACAUCUUGCAGGAGGAGCCUCAGCCCCAGAGUAAGAAGCUGAAGACUGAGAGCUGGGAGCGCAGUGUGGGCAAACUGAGCAGCAAGGCCCAGCUGGCAGGGCUGGUGGCAGUGAAGAAGCCAAAGCCAGGCCCUGCCCUGCCUAAUGGCACAGAGAGCCAAAGCACCACAGCCAGCACUGGCUCCUUCCCCACAGGCACCACCACCUCCUCCUCCCUGGGCUUGCUGGGGGCAUAUUCAGACAGUGAGGACAGCAGCAGUGAGUGA